AUGGAGCAGUGGAGGAACAUGGCCGCGAAGGCGUCGGCUCGCAGCUUCACCUACAUCAACGAGACGAAUGCAGUAGUCGAGGCCAUCAAUGGCGCCCGCCAGCAGUACCGCCUGGCCGCCGAGGACUGUCGCAGAUUCCGCCCGGGCGUGCAUCCCCUGCCCAACACCGGCCAGGGCGCUUCAGCAGGCGGCCUCAUCAUCGACCUCGCCAUCGGCCGGAUCAAGCGCAUCAGCAGGUUCCACGCCGUACUGGGCAACGUCUUCUCCCUCUGCGUUGCGCACAUCGGUCUCCAAGCCAACACGCCGUGCUGGUGGGACAGGUGGCAACUCCACCGCGCUGACGCUGCCCGCCACGCGGAGACGGCGCUGCAGUGGCUACACUCCGCCAAGUCGCACGGCCAUGCGGCCGUCGGCGUCUUCCACGUCAUGCUCAGGCCGCCAUCGCCGCGAGCAGUCGCCUACGCCUGGGCACCCGCGGCAGAGCAGCUCCUGCGCCGCGCGAAUGACGAUCUGGCCAUGGCGGAGGCCGCGGUGGAGCGGAUGCGACCGGCCAUUGUGGCCCAGUACUCCGACGCAUGUAUGCUUCUGCAUGGAUGA